UCGCUUGUCAGAUUUGACACACAUUCAUGUUGUCGCUUGACGAGUGCGUACGUAUGGCGCUGCGCUGCUGACAAACUCUCUCAACCUCCUGCUACAGAAGCAUAAGAUCAACAGAGAUAUGAUCAAAUACAAGAAAAGCAUGAACAUCCCCAUGUAUGGGGCAGUAAAGCGCUGCACGCCCCUUGUCAACCUGGUGCUAUCGGUGGUGAUCCUGCACCGGCCAUUCCCCUCCUGCACCCUCAUCUCCUCCAUCCUCAUCAUCACCUCAGGAUGCUUUGUGGCAGCUUUGGGUGACCUCACUAUAGACACCUUCGCAUACACAAUGGGUGGUCUGAGUGUGCUUGCACAAGGAUUGUACCUCACGCUGGUGCAGCAGUGUGCCGAGAACAAGCUGUCAACACUGGAGAUCCUGCAGCUCAAUAGCUACAAUACACUUGCACCCUUCAUCAUUGUGUCUGUCUUGAUGGGCGAACCUGAAGCCAUCGUCAAGAGUCAAUACCUGACAGAUAUCGGCUUCCACCUGACAUUCUGGACAUUGGUAUCACUGGGCUCUGUUCUCAACUACUCUUUGUUCCUGUGCACUGCCCUCAACUCUGCCCUGACCACGUCUCUCGUGUCUGUGGCCAAGUCAGUCAUCCAGACCCUAGUGGGAUUUUUUGUGUUUGGCGGAGUCAAGUAUCAUCCCCUGAAUAUCACAGGCAUUGUAAUGAACACCGUUGGAGGCUUCAUGUACACUUACACUAAAUACCAGGAAGGAAAAAAGAAGUACCAGAAGGAUGAGAACUACAACAAACUUCAGCUGAAUGGGGUUGUGAGCACAAGAGAGGCCCCCUUAAUCCCCAACGGAAUAAAGCGGGAUGAACACUCCCUCAAUGAAAUCAAAGUUAGCUAACACUUUUAGAGUUAGGCAAUAUUACUUUUUCAGUACAGAUUGGGUAGGGUUGAAAUAGGUACCUUCACAUUGCCAGCCAACGUUCAUUACAGACGGUUUGCAAAACUAUGUUCUCUAUGGAAGGCGUACAAUGAAGAGUAAUCAUCUGUUUUGGGGGUUUAGAAUCAUUAUGACAGAUGAGGUUAUGGGAUCGAGUUUUUAGUUUCAAUUUUCUGCCUCAUGAAGUGUCUUUUCCUCUAUUUGUAAGUUUCUUGUUUCAUUAGUGAUGUGUUAGGCUGUAUGUUGUUCUUGAGCAUGAUUGUGGUAAGGAAAUUUUUAAUGUUGACUGUUUAAAAUCUGUCUUUUAUAUUUUAUUUUAAAGUUCAGAGUGUACCUUUGUCAUAUAUAUUCACACAGUUUAACAAAAUAAUUCCAGAGUUAUAGCACAGUGGUUCGCAACUUGUAAAAUUAAUCUUUCCAUUUGCCUCAGGUUUUUGAAAGAUCUGGAAACCUAGUAAGUCAAUUUUGUGAUUACCAGACUUGUUUUCACAAUUUCUUCUUACAACUGAAAUAUGCAAUGUGUCAUUAUGCAAAUGUAUAAAUGGAAGUAUUAGAAAGAAAUCUGGUUAGUAGUCUUAUGAUAAUUAUAUAUAUCAAAUCUCUUUAUAUCUUGAAGUUAUCUCUCAGACUAUGAGUUCCGUGUUUUUAGACCUCUAGGACCCCAGUUUGAGAACCACUGAUAUAACUUGAAUCCCCUCUCUCUCUCUCUCUCUCUCUCUCUCUCUCUCUCUCUCUCUCUCUCUCUCUCUCUCC